AAAACUAAACUGCCAAUUUACCGAAAACCAUCAACCAUUCAAAAUCAACAGAAUGUGAAUACGCUCGAAAAUAAAUUAUUUAAUUAUAAUUAAAUCAAUUCACUACUGACGCAUUUCAUGUGUGUAUAGAACGAGUUACUUAUUAUGCCUUAAGAAGACAAAAAUUUCAAGUACCUAGACGUAACCAGUAAAUAAGUGUUAUCACAAUGCCUCCCAAGAAACCAAAAGAGAAGAAAGAAAAGAUUAAGGUUAAUUUGAAGAUGACUGGGCCUCCACCGAAACCGAAGAAAAUCCCCCCUCCACCAUCCAUCUUCACCAACGACGAUCUUAUAAGGUACAAGGAGCUUUACAAGAUGUUUGACGAGGACAAUAUCGACAAGGUACCAAUUGCUUUAAUACCAACAAUGUUGAGAAAACUGGGAUUUAAUCCGAAAACUGCUGAAGUAAACCAACUGUUUACGAUGUUUCUUGAAGACGAAUUUGUUGAUACCGUCGAGUACCAUGAAUGGUUGCAAAUGAUUGAAGCCAAAAUGAGAUGGGGAGAUGACUUCGAGCUGGCCAUUACAAGGGCCAUCAAGGCGUUAGGACACGAUGACGAAGAAACUGGUUUUGUACCCUUUGAACUGUUUCGUGACGAGCUGAUGAAGUGGGGCGAGCCGCUUACGGAGAUAGAGUUCAUGGAUUGGAUUAAACUUGCUAUCAAAGAUAGAUCUUACAACCAGGAAGAUGGAAUGUUUUGUUACGGCAAGUUUGUGGAGAACAUGAACAACAAAGACGAGAGGUUCUUCAAGGAACCUAUUAAUUACUUCAAGCUCGACCAGAAGACUUUAGCGGCGAUGGCCAUACAGAAGGCUCAAGAAGAGAAGGAGGAGCAAGAGAGGAAAGCAGCUGAGAAAGCAGCCCGGGAGGAGGCCAAGAGACAGAGGCUAAUAGCUGAAGGAUUAUUGCCACCCGAUUAAAUCAAGAUCACAACAACAUCAUCAAAAUAUCAUAUCAUCUAUUUGCUACUUAAGGAAUUAUUGUGCUAGAUGCUACUUUAAUAUUGGAACUACAAGUGUACAUAAGUAUUAUUUACAACAAAUUCAAAAUGUUUUCAAAA